AUGGCGGCGGCUCUGUCGGGCCUGGCUGUCCGGCUCUCGCGCUCGGCCGCCGCCCGCUCCUAUGGGGUCUUCUGCAAGGGGCUGACCCGCACGCUGCUCAUCUUCUUCGACCUGGCCUGGCGGCUGCGCAUCAACUUCCCCUACCUGUACAUCGUGGCUUCCAUGAUGCUCAACGUCCGCCUGCAGGUUCAUAUCGAGAUCCACUGAGGGCCUUCCACCAGCGGACACGGCGUGUCCUCGGGCUCACCGCAUUAGAGAACACAGCAUGAGGGACAGAAGAGGGACUCCGGACACCUGCCUCGCAAAAGCGCAGGGAGAGGACUCGGACAAGCUGCUGUGUAGCCUUCAAGCACGAGAGAGCCUGCGCCCUCCAGGUGCACCUGCCUGGGCGAGGGGGCCUGUGCUGGAUGGACUCGGAGACUCUCAGAGCGAGGAGUUACCACUGGAAGUGGAGAGAGGUCUGAGUGGGGCCAGCCCCUUGCUUCUCAGUGGCACCAGCGCGUGUGCGUACUUGAAAGAAUCAGUAAGAAGAAAUUCCGCUUCCACAGUGGCUCAGAGCAAGACUGGAGAUCUGUUCUUGGCUCCUGCAGAAGAGUGUUUUGCUGGGGUGUCCUGCGGUGUCGAGGCUGUGGUGGGGGACCGGCGGGGAGGCUGGCCCGGGGCCACCCCCUGCCUCGGAGCGCCGUGCCGCAGAGGAGAGCCUUGGCGCGCAGGACUGCCGCGCUGCCAGCGGUCAGAGAUGGGAGUUUCCGCUCUUGGGGGGAGAGGGUCUGAGCUGGAGCCGCCUCGCUGGCCUGUCCUUUCCACAGUGCUGCAUGCGCAUCCCGAAGUGUCCCCGAAUGACGAGACAGGGUGUGAUUCCCCUGGCCGUCCAGCGUGCAGGAGACGGCGGGGCGCAGGACACUGCCUCCCGGUAUGAGAAGUACCUCAAAUGAUCGAUCUGCAGUAACUGGACUUCUGGCUGUGCACGCCCUUGAAGUAGCAGGGCCAUGUGCCAGUUAAGGUACACGCCGAACAAUAAAAAUAGUGAGAUUAAUUUACAAACUGCCUUGGAAUGGUUUCUUUCCAUUCAGUCUGAUGCAAACAGUGCAGCCACGAAGUCCCUGCUCUGCUUCGUGCGUCCAGACAGACUUCGAGUGAGUGGGAUUUAAACUCAUGGAAAGCUGGUUAAUGCGAAAGGAAAUUCUGGAGCAUGUUGUAAAUUGUGCUUGAAAGACAUUCAGGAUUGGGAGACCAUUCCCAGGAGAACAUGAACAUAUCCUAUAUAAAUAUCAGAUUAGACCGUAAAGAUUUGACAUCAAGUACUUUAUAAACUUUCAACAGCCUUUCUGAAGGGCUGCUGUCCCGGAUGCUGCCCUCCAGGUUAUCUGAUCACCUAAUAGAAGUGGGUGUUUGUAAACGUCAACCCCUCUGUCCUUGCUGUGAGCCUUGCUGAGUUGAUGGUGAGCUGUUACCACGUCUGCAUUUUGUAGAAUGAUUUUGGUCUGCAGCAGAAUUUGAUUUCUCUUCUCACCUCCCUUUCCUCCCACUGGAAAUGCGAUUUUAAUGGAGGCCCUACGAUGGAAGUUGCAAUAUUACACUUACCUUUAGAAUAAUCCUUUCUCAAACUGGGAACCGUGUCAUGUUACCUGAGACAGAAGUGUGUGUGAGACUCGGUCCCUCAAGUAUUUCCCCUAUGGAAGCUUCCAGUUCCUAGGAGCUGAGGUCUCUCUCACACUAAUUUUUUUCUGAGAUCACUCCUUUUUUGUUGUUUGAUGACUUUGAUAAAGGUCACUUUAAAGUGUAAGUUUUAAGGAGUCCCAAAGUCAGCCAGCCAUUUCUGGGAUUAUGGAUUGCGUAUAUCAGUUUAUAUCGUGUGCUAGAUGACCAUGCCAUGUGCUAUUUUAGUGUUUCAGGAAAAUGAAAAAUAAAAUCUGUUCUCGAGCAUAAUAAAGGUCUUAUUUGAUGUGUACAGUCUCAGUUCAUCUUGUCUUUCUCUUCACAUACAAGUCCGUAGCACUGGUGGCGGGACGGCUGACUAGGGACUAGAAGCAGAGCUUGGAAAACACAUCGUGAAGCCAGGUGGGAACUCGGGUCUCACCUUCUUCCCGGGACGGAGUGAAGUCCUGUUGUGUGACCCUUCGGGGUGGUCAGAGAAUCCCAAAGUAAGAGUCCUGGGGAGAAAAUGAUGCCAGCCAGUCUAGAAGGAUCCUGUCCCAACGAUUGAGCAAUUGAAGCCCUGGCCAGGGGACACUCCUAUGAGGUCACCGAUGGAUUGUGAAAUGAGAUGAGGACACAG